CUUCACCUCACUCUUAAAGAAAGCAACUGAUAACAUUUAAUAAGGAAGAAUUUCGAAUUGUGAUUGCACAAGAUGUUUAGUGGAGGUUUAGGCUGUGUGUAUGUGCAUGUGUACGUACUAUCUGAACACAGGAUGUGUGGGAAACCACUAGGGUCUCUGGCAAUGUUCAAAGUAACCUCUACACACUAAAGUCUUUGGUUUCAGUCACUUCUCUACUUGAUGGUCAGGAUGGACACAAUGGACACUGACAGGAUAUUGCUUAAUUAAAUUCACCUAGGUUUGUUGUUUGAGCUUAGUUUAGUCUAUGUGGAACUUUCUAGCAGUGGUGUGGGUUACAGUUGGGGGACUGACUCAGUUAAGCUGAGGUGGUUGAAGUGUUGCUCCACAGGAAGUAGCUGAGCAAAGCUGAGAGAACUUGCACAGCCAUGGACGUUUCUUAUUAUCUGCUUCUAGCCUUUCUACUGGCUGGAUUUUGUUCCUCUGAAAAAUCUUCACUUCGUAUCUUUGCCAAUAAGCCUACUCCAGGCAAACCACAAAAUGUCAGUAAAAAUGAUACAGGAGUUAAACAGGCUGUCCUAACUGCAACCUACACCUUCAACAACAAGUCCAAUGAUGCCUUCUUUUUUAAGGCUUCAGCCAUUGAUGAGGCACAAAGACAAAUCGUUAAAGGUAUAAAGUACUUUCUCAAAAUCGAGAUAUCUCGGACUGUGUGCAUGAAGAGAGAGACUGAUGCUGACCUUGAAAACUGUGGCUUCCAGCCAGAACCUGGUUUACAACAGACUUUUCUCUGUAACUUUGAGGUGUGGGCUAUACCAUGGCUGAAGCUAAUGAAGACCACACAUUUCGUUUGCCUUCCUUCCGACAAGUAUUAUUAAUAACUAUGCAUCUGAAACAGCACAUGCUUUGAAUUUCAGUUAACCGGUUAAGAAUAAAAUACUCGGUUGCUAUGCAUAAUUGAACUGCUCCUUCAGUGCUCAUGCAUAAUACCUAGAUACUGAUUAAACUGAUCAUAUGGUGAGAAAUGUACAUCAGAGCUAUGACUAGUAUAUGGUGGGAAGUAAAGAGGUUUCGCUUUACUGGAGAUUUAGCUCCAUAGUACUGCUCAAUGGAAGACAUAGACAUGCUGUACAAGUAGGUUCAUUUCUUUCUUUCUUUAUUGUACACAAUUUCCAGUAGCUGCUAUGAAUGCUCACAAAUGGUCAUGAAUUAAACUCACAAACUGGCGAAAGUAAUCAACAGGAAAUUAUUGCUAAUAGCCAGCUCCUCCUUCAGAGCUGAAAUGAUCUUUGCCAAUGGAAGCCCAGAAACAUAACUAAUGUAAGUGUUUUAAAGUAAAGCAAUGGAUUUGUAAAAUAAAGUUUUGGCAUUCCAGUGUUACAUUUCA